AUGGACAACAAGUUACACCCGGCCGUCACGGUCUCAAACAUCAAAACCGCCAUACCCGUUACACUUGAAACGGAAACUGGCCACUGGUCUACGUGGUCGGAACUUUUUAAACUUCAUUGCAAAGCCUUUCAAGUAUAUGAUCAUCUUCUACCACCGGCCGUUGACAAGCCCAAGACAUCGACCGACAAAGAAAAAUCGACCGGCGAUUCAUCCUCCACUCAAGAAGCUUGGGAGCGUCUUGAUUCCAUUGUCCUCCAAUGGAUAUAUGGAACAAUUUCCCAAGACCUUGUUCACACCAUCAUCAAGCCCGGUAACACCGCGCACCAAGCAUGGACUACCCUCGAAAACCUCUUUCAAGACAAUAAAAGUGCCCGUGCUCUCCACCUUCGUCAGCGCUUCACCACCACUCGCCUGGAAAAUUUCGCUAAUAUCUCAGCCUACUGUCAGGAAUUGAAAGUUUUGUCCGAUCAGUUAGCCAGUGUGGGACAUCCGGUCGACAAUGAUGCCCUCGUUCUUCAGCUCAUUGCCGGCCUUACUGAACAAUAUGAAGGAAUGGGAACUGUCCUUCAAGGUCAAGACCCAUUGCCGCCAUUUGCCACGGCUCGUUCCAAGCUUUGCAUAGUCGAGUCUCACAAACAAGAACAAGCGUUACAUGCCGCCAAAACUGCCGGAACCGCUCUCGCUACAUCCACUCGGGCCGCUCCCAUCACACAUGUCGACUCCUCAUCCCCCGCUGAACGAGGACGUGGUCGGGGCCGCUCCCGGGGUCGAGGCCGCGGCAGGAACGGGUCGGGUCGGGGUCGCUCCUCUUAUCACUAUUGGCCCAACCCCCCGUAUCACUAUUGGCCACCUGCACCGUAUGGUUGGUCUCCCAAUGGGUCGGCCCAAUAG